AGCGCAGCACAUUUGGCCAGCUGCUUUGACUGGCCUCUCACAGAUCUGCUGUGCAGUCUGAAGCCUGAAUAGAGACUCUCAGCAGCAGCUCCUGCAUUUGCAUUUAAUGCAGACUUCUAGCAGACUUCAGCCGGCGGACGCAGCACCGCGGAUGAACUCCCCAAAACUUCACUAAACGAAGGUUAGAGCAUCUAUAGAAAAAACACUAACAAAGCGCUUUCACUUCGGUGUUUGAACCUUGUUCGAGUUAAAGACUUAGUUUGAGUGUGACUCGUGUUGGGUGGUUUUACAAGUGCAGACGGAACUAGGUUUCCUGGCGGAGGAGCACUAAAUCGACAGCGCAACAGACUACCGGUGCACAGUUCACCGCUGAGCUGAGCUCGAGCCAGACAGACUGAGUGCGCUAAAACUGGAGGGUUUAACUCCGGGAUGCAUCUGUGUGGCGUUUAAUAAACAACAACAAUAUAUCUUAAGCUAAAUAACGCGUUCAUCUCCACUCUUUGGACCGUUUGAAGAGCAGUUGUCCCCGUGUUUUGUCCAAACCGACGGACUUCUCGACACUGGAAGGACUUAAACUGAACUCAAGAUGUCAAUUUUGCCGUUCACUCCCCCCAUUGUCAAAAGACUUUUGGGCUGGAAGAAGGGAGAGCAGAACGGCCAGGAGGAGAAAUGGUGUGAAAAGGCGGUGAAAAGUCUGGUGAAGAAGCUGAAGAAGACGGGGCAACUGGACGAGCUGGAGAAAGCCAUCACCACCCAGAAUAUCAACACAAAAUGCAUCACUAUACCGAGGUCUCUGGAUGGCCGUCUGCAGGUUUCUCACAGAAAAGGUCUGCCCCACGUCAUCUACUGCCGUCUGUGGCGCUGGCCCGACCUGCAGUCCCACCAUGAGCUGCGGGCGGUGGAGCUGUGCGAGUACGCCUUCCACACGAAGAAGGAUGAAGUGUGUGUCAACCCGUACCACUACCAGCGAGUAGAGACGCCAGUACUCCCACCAGUGCUGGUGCCCAGACACACAGAAAUCCCCAGUGAGUUCCCGCCUCUGGAUGACUACAGCCAUUCAAUCCCCGAAAACACCAACUUCCCUGCUGGCAUCGAGCCUCAGAGCAACUACAUACCAGAAACGCCACCACCAGGCUACCUCAGUGAGGAUGGAGAGACCAGCGAUCACCAGAUGACCCACAGCAUGGACACAAGCUCCCCAAACCUGUCACCUAACCCUGUUUCACCCACACACAGCAACUUAGACCUUCAACCAGUGACAUACUGCGAGCCAGCCUUCUGGUGCUCUAUUUCCUACUACGAGUUGAACCAGCGAGUAGGAGAGACCUUCCACGCCUCACAGCCCUCGCUGACAGUGGAUGGCUUCACAGACCCCUCCAACUCAGAGCGUUUCUGCCUCGGCCUGUUGUCCAACGUCAACCGCAAUGCAGCUGUGGAGUUAACCCGCAGACAUAUUGGCCGUGGUGUGCGGCUAUAUUACAUUGGAGGAGAAGUGUUUGCUGAGUGUCUCAGCGACAGCGCCAUCUUUGUCCAGAGCCCCAACUGUAACCAACGCUACGGAUGGCACCCUGCCACAGUCUGCAAGAUCCCUCCAGGAUGUAACCUGAAGAUCUUCAACAACCAGGAGUUUGCUGCCCUGCUGGCCCAGUCAGUCAACCAGGGGUUUGAGGCUGUGUACCAGCUCACCAGGAUGUGCACCAUCCGCAUGAGCUUCGUCAAGGGCUGGGGAGCCGAGUACAGGCGUCAGACGGUGACCAGCACCCCCUGCUGGAUCGAGCUGCACCUGAAUGGUCCCCUGCAGUGGCUCGACAAGGUGCUUACACAAAUGGGCUCCCCCAGCAUCCGCUGCUCCAGCGUCUCUUAGGGAAACCCUACAUCCACCCACUUCCUGUACACCACGUCUCCUGUCAGUGACUAAAAACACACAGACUGCAUUCAGACAAGAACGGCUACACGAGUACGGAAAGACGAUGAGCCCCCCCUCCCCCCAUUCAGCCAAUUCUCAAUCUGUAAUUUAGUCCUUCCUCCCCACCAGCUGUCAGUAGCACUUUUUAUAUACAUAUUGUUGUGGCAAAGGGGACAAGUGCAGUAAAGCAGUACCAUGUUAGUGUGAUCUCCACAUUUUGUCCAGAAUUAUUUUGAUGGCAAUUUUUUAAUAUUUGGCAUCUACGUGCCAGAAAGGUUGUAGCAAUUGGAGGAGGGUUUUGUUUUUUUCAAUUAAGAGAUUCUUAUUUUCUUUCCUUAUUUUUCAUGAUUUUUACGUUUUUUGUACAGAUGUUAAAGUGGAUUUCAAAAAUGAAUUACAUUUUUUUAAGCAUUAAUAACAAUUUUGUAAAGCAUGUGUAAGAUCAUGUUAAAUGCAUUUCACUUGACUUUGUUUCUGUUUAUUUGGGCAUUUGAUGUUAUGAAGACAUUUAUAAAUGUGACCCAGUGUUGUUCAACCACCAACACUGUGUGAAGGAAUAUACUGUAAGCCUAGCAUGAAUAUUUGUUUAGGUUUUAUGCAGCCUAUGUUACUCUGACAAGACAAAAAACAUGGUCUUUAACUGCAAAUUCGACAGAAAGAAAUCAAAGGAAUCAGUCAAACUAUAGAUAAAAUUUUUUCCCCCUCUCAUAGCUGUAAACCAUACAUACUGAUUUGAACCGUGGGCCAGAUUACUCUGACAAAGCAGUCUGAUGCUUCAGGAUACAGUAGAGCAGACAGGAGGUACAACUCUUUAAACCCACAUAUAAGUACUUAAAGAAAAUGGCAUUCGUCAAAUGUCAUGAGGAUGCACUUUUGUAAAAUGUUAAUAUUCUAGUAAAGCGAUGUUAGCAAAGUACAUUCAGUAGCAGUUGUAGUUCACAGCUGCAAUAGUUCUUGUCAGAGGGUUAUAUGAAAUAUAUCCUGCAUUAAUUUCAGGAAGCCUUGCCAAUUUGCAAAAUACUUUUGCAGCAUUGUAUUGUGUAGUAGGUAGUAUAUAAUAGGCAUUUACACAGAACUUGAAAACAUCUCACAUACUGUACUACUCUGCAAACUUAUAGUUAAAUUACAAAUUGAACACACAAAAUGUAGUUGGAAUACGUGUGUGUGAUAUGAUUACUCUGCAGAAGGCUGUGUAAAGAGAGCAGGAAGAUGCCUUUGCUUUUUUUAAUUUUCUCUCUCAGCAGUCCAUAACAUUGGUCUUAUUUUUAGCCAUCAGUAAUAUUGACUUUUUGCACACUCAGGACCGUAAAAAAACAGCUGAAUUAUGUACAGAAACCAGUGAAAAGGACAGAUGCAUGACUCUCGAGACUUUAAAGUCUAUUUUGCUACCAAUUAUUUUUGUAGGACAAUAAGGUGAUAACGUGUUGACGACUUCAUCCGCUCCAAGUGUUUUUGCAUGACGUGGCAGAAAAUACUGCUAGCAGGUCUGGGGAUACUAACCUUGUAUUUUUCUACCUGUGAAGACGAGGCAGUUUCAGUACAAAGCACAGCUUUUUACAAAGGGAAAUGUUUAGAUAGACAGAGGCAUGUAAAUAACAGUAGCUUCUCAAAAUCUGAUGGCCCUAUUUUUUUUUAUUUUUUUUUAGGUCUAUGUACAUGUAGUACAUACAGGUGUUAUAAUGUGACCAUUAACCUUUAUAAUGUUGAUGGUUUUGUAAACAGAAGAACAAAAAAGAAGCUCAAAAAUGAAAAAAAAGUUGGGGAAAGCUAUUGCUGAAAUAGAAAAGCGUAGUCUUAGCUUUGUUCCGUUUCCUUUCAGGCACCCACUGUGAUGGAAGUGGAUCGAUUUUCUUCUGGUUUUUAACACUAGACAAAGACACAGUGGGUGAACAUGGACAAUAUUUGGAAUCUUUUUAUAGUACUUAUUUACAUUAACCCAGCUUUUGAUGUUAAUGCCAGCCCAGUGGUGCUAAUCUUUAACAUUUUAGGGACUCAAGAGAACCGCAAAGCCAUAAGAUUUUAAUCUUAAAGCUGGUAGAUUUUGAUUUCUGUUAAAUGAUGGCUAAUAAACCUUUAAACUGUAGUGUGGGAUUGUUUCAGAAACGGUAGCAUCUAUCAAUCUGAGACAAGACAGCUCUUUGUAGAGCUUCUAGUGUCCUCGAACGCAGCAGUCCUGAUCCUAGUGGACUCUUUAACCCCAUGGUCAAUGUAAUUACCAGGUAGGGAAUAUUUUGCAAGCAAAUUUGUCAUUUUUAUACACUCUUCAAGUUAUAAUGCUCAUGCUUUUCCCCUUGUUUAAAUUGUUCACUGUAAUCGUUAUUAUUAGUUGUGAUUUAUGUUUUUGUGCUCUGAAUUGGUCUCUUUAGAUGUCUUGUAUAAAAUUAUACCCUUUAUUUUUCUCUGCCUAUAAAACGUUGAUGUGAUGCUUUAUAUUUUUGUUUAUUAUUGUUGGUCUAUGAAUAAAAUAUAUAUCUUGUGGUGAUACUGGGGCCGACAUGCCAUGAAAGAAGGAAACUGAAGCUGGCUAGUACAAACCUUAAAAAUCAAACCACAUCUGUAUUUCAGUAACUGUCAAGGUUAUUCUUGUAUUCAGUCAGAUUCACUUUGUUGAGCAAAAUUGAUCAAAUAUGGAAUAAUUCAACAUUAUACAUCAGAAUAACCAUAGUAACUUGAUUGUAUAGCUUAACAAGGUUUGUUAGCAUGAAAUGUAAUUAAAGGCAGUUAUCACAGGCCUCUCUGGAGACGUUUCAGGUUUUAAAAUCCUGUUUUCUUCUGUAGUUUGGGGAUUUCCUAGUCUGUGGUGAAUAAUUUGGCACUGUCCUCAGAAGCAGACAGAAACGGUAAUUACAGGCCCACAGCAGACACUCUUGUUUCUUCACUUAUUGCUACGUUACAAGCUAAUGCAAACCAUAACCAUUUGUGCUGUCACAGAGGCACGACAUUGCUUUAAAUAUGAAUGCGGGCUUUGUUCUGAUUCCCUUAAGGUAAAGAGGGCUGAACAACCUGCUUGGCUCUUCAGAAACCACUUCACUGUGGUUACAAAUAGUUUGGGUGCAUGAGCGAAUCAAUUGUUGAAGUGAGAGGGUGGCAGGAUCAAAGCCAAAUGGUGUUUCAUUCUGCUGGUUCACUCUUUAAAAUAUCUGGAUUCAUUAAAAAACUGUCAAUGUA